UUUAGUCUUCUGCUAACUCGCUAUUAAGAUAGUAAAGUAAAAUAAAAGUGUUUCAUUUUCAUAAUUAUAAUUUCCCAACCGAGUUAGAGUUAGAGUAAAUUCUUUAGUUACGAUUUAGCAUAUUUUUAUUAUUAUACGAAAUAUUUAAAAAUCAAUACGUCAGGUACGGCAAUUUAACUUUGUUGCGGUAGUGCGCGAGCAGCUUUCUGGUUCAGCGGGUCCAAAAGUCCAUUCGUCACCGCACAUUGUUUGCAUAGCGUUGUGUUAUUGUUAUUUUGCGUAUAUUUACAUACAUUUAAACGACAAUAGCAAUUGAACGCAAUUAUCGAAUUUCUAUUUUGUUUACGUUUGCACUUUUGUUUUUGUUGUUGAAUCAAGCAACAUGGCUACGCUUUUGAAGUUAGCUAAAGCAAAUCUUCUCUUCCGUCCAUCGUUCGUGCGAAGUGUUUCAGAUGUUGCGAAAUAUCCCAAAAUUACCACACAUUACACCAUCCAUCCGCGGGACAAGGAUGAACGUUGGAAAGAGGUGGAUAUGGAGCGGUACGUAGACGAAGUGGAUAUCGUUAUAGUAGGUGGUGGUCCUGCUGGUAUGUCCGCCGCUAUACGCGCUAAACAAUUGGCUGCUGAGCAGGAAAAGGAAUUGCGUGUUUGUGUUGUGGAGAAAUCUGCCGAAGUUGGUGGUCACAUACUCUCAGGCGCUGUCAUAGACCCAAUUUCCUUGAACGAACUCUUUCCCGAUUGGAAAGAGUUGGGUGCACCGCUAAAUACGCCAGUCACCACCGACCACUUUUCACUGCUCACCACCUCCAAUCGCAUUCCAUUGCCCGUCUUCAAAGGUUGGCCCAUGGAUAAUCAUGGCAAUUAUAUUGUGCGUUUGGGACAUUUGGUGAAAUGGUUGGGUGAACAAGCAGAAGCUUUGGGUGUUGAAAUCUAUCCCGGCUGCGCCGCCUCAGAGGUGCUCUUUCACCCGGAUGGCAGUGUCAAGGGUAUUGCUACCAAUGACGUGGGCAUCGCUAAGGACGGCUCGCCGAAGGACACAUUCGCGCGUGGCAUGGAGUUGCACGCGAAAACAACGAUAUUUGCCGAAGGCUGUCGCGGACAUCUGUCCAAACAGCUAAUGCAACAGUUCAAAUUAAAUGAAGGCAGUCAACCGCAGACUUAUGGUAUUGGGUUGAAAGAAAUUUGGGAGAUUCAGCCAGAGAAACAUGUGCCCGGUUUGGUGGAGCACACGAUAGGCUGGCCCAUGGACUUCCGCACAUAUGGUGGCUCGUUCCUGUAUCACCUGAAUGAGCCUACGCCCACAAUCGCUGUUGGUUUCGUGGUCGGAUUGGAUUACAAAAACCCUUGGAUAAGUCCAUUCCAAGAAUUCCAGCGCUUCAAGACACAUCCAAAAGUGCGUACCAUCUUUGAAGGCGCCACACGCAUUGCUUACGGCGCACGUGCUAUUAAUGAGGGCGGUUUUCAGAGUUUGCCGAGCAAACUGACAUUCCCUGGUGGCUGUUUAGUAGGCUGCAGUGCGGGCUUCCUCAAUGUGCCGCGCAUUAAGGGCUCACAUUAUGCAAUGAAAAGCGGCAUGUUAGCCGCCGAAAGUGCUAUCGAAGCGAUUUCGAGCGAAUCACAAUCAACUGCGGGUCUUGAGCCAAAAACGUAUGCAGAGAAAAUCCAAAACUCUUUCAUCUGGAGAGAUCUGCGCGAUGUGCGUAACGUACGCCCAUCUUUCCACAAUCCGCUCGGCAUGUACGGCGGCCUUGCUCUUAGCGGUUUCUCAUUAUUUAUGCGUGGUCGCGAGCCAUGGACACUGAAACACGGCUCACCCGAUCAUGAGUCGCUGAAACCUGCCAGCCAAUGUCAACAAAUUGUCUAUCCCAAGCCGGACGGCAAAAUCUCUUUCGAUCUGCUCUCAUCCGUAGCAUUGACCGGCACUAAUCACGAGGGCGAUCAACCUGCGCACUUGACACUCAAAGACGAUCACAUCCCAGUCGAUCACAAUUUAGCGAUCUACGAGGGACCCGAACAGCGCUUCUGUCCUGCCGGCGUUUAUGAGUAUGUGCCCAACGACGAAGGUGGCAACAUGAAGUUGCAGAUAAACGCCCAAAAUUGCAUACACUGCAAAACCUGUGAUAUCAAAGACCCCAAGCAGAAUAUCAAUUGGGUUGUGCCAGAAGGUGGCGGCGGUCCUGCCUACAAUGGCAUGUAAAAUCUUUGUAGGACUCACUCCACCGAUUUGUUAGUCUGUUGUUGCAUUUGAUUUUAUUUUUGUUAAGAAAUUUUAAAAUUUGAUUUCGCAAAUUUAACUGUAUAUCCUUGAUAAAAGCGAUUUUUUGGGAAACAUCAUUUUACGGAAGCAAUAAUUUCGAAAUUAAUAUUAUUUUAUAUUCUAUGCUCUAUCCUAAUUAUGUUUAUAUGUAGUGUAUGUAGUUAGAAGAAAUAGUAAGAACUGAGAUUUCAAAUUGAAAAAUAAUUUAAACUACAAAAAAAAAAAAAAACCAAAUAAAUUAUUUUUAUAUAACAAUGAA